UCUUCUCUGGCCUCUGCUACAUCAAAACAAAGAAAAACCUUUCUCAGUAACCAAACAGGAAAAGCAAACUCUCUCCGUUUCUUUUCUUUUGUUGACCAUCGAAAAAAACAAUGGAUUUCCAUUGCCUUCCAAGGAAAGAGCUUCAGACUCUUUGCAAGAAGAACAAGAUCCCGGCUAAUAUUACCAAUGUUGCUAUGGCUGAUGCACUCAAAGCUCUUGAGAUUGUUGAGGGACUUGAUGAGUUCAUGAAUCAAUCUCAAUCCCCAGAAAAAACCAUGAACAAAUCAUCCCAAGAAAUCCCCUCUACUGUGACUAGGACGUCGACACGGAGAAAACCUACCAAGGAAGAACCACAAAGCAGCCAAACAACGACCCGAACCCGCAGAAUAACAAGAAGAACUAUGGAAUUGGACGAAGAAAACAAGAAUGUGAAUGUGCCUGAGACUCCCGUCGUGGCUACUACUACCAGGAGAAGGGCUCAAAGAACUGAGCCUGAAGUUGAGGAGCAGAAGAAGAGUGAUCUGCUUGAAACUCCAGCUUUGCAGAGUAACAGGAGAAGGGCUGGAGUGGGAUCUACUAGGAGGAAAGUGGAGGCUCAGAAAGACGAAGGGUCAGUUCAGCAGGGCUAUGGUACGAGGCGGUCAGUAAGGUUGUUGGAGAAGUGCAUGGAAGGGUUGAGUUUGAAGGAAAGUGGAAGAAUGGAGCCUGUGAAGAUUGACAAAAUGGUGGAGGAUGAAAUUGAAGAGAACAAGAAUCGUCAAUCUGGAGCUACAUCAGACGAAAAUUUGGCUCGAAAUUUAAGUGUGUCCCUUGAAGGUGAAAGGGACUUGAAAGAUGAUGUUCACAAUGCAGAAAAUGAUUGCACAGUGAUAUCUGAGGCUGGUUCUCCAAAACCUGAUAAUUUGGACUGUCUCUUAGCCUUAGAUACAAAAGAUGCAUCCCCUGAUGAGAAGACCGAUGAGUCAGAUGCCUAUUUGGCUGAAGGUGCUGACAAGCUGGCAGAUAUGUCUGAUGGAACCAUAGAUCCAAAGGGAUAUGAUGAUGCUGUCCCUGAAGACUCAUAUGAGAUUGACAACUCAAGUGAGGAAUUGGUAGCUGAAAACAAUGGCGGCUCUCAUGCUGAUGAGAACACUGAGGUCUUGGAUCAUGCUUCAUCUGCAGAAUAUGUGGAGCCAAAAGAAGCUGUGAUUGGAGAAGAAUGCCAGAAGUUAGUUGGCAAAGAUUGUGACAUUAAUGUAGUUAAUGAUGAUCUAGCCAAACUUCCGGAAGCUGAAGAGUAUGAUGAUGCCAAAGCAUCUCAAAAUGCUUCAGCUAUCCCUGAAGGCUUUAUGGAUUCCUUGGAAAAGUUGGGAAAUGAAGAAUCUGAGGAUGAUCCAGAUCAAAUUGUUGCUGUGUCAAAUAUUGUUGAUUCAGACAUUGAUGAUAACUCAGGUUCUGACAACAAUACUUUAGUUGAUGAACAAGAGGAAGUUCCAUGUGAAACAGCCGCCUACUGCUCUGACGAUCCAAUGAGUAGUAUGGUGAAUGAAGAAGCAUUGAUUGAUGUAAAUGUAGCUGAAGCUGAAAUAAUCCAUGUGGGAGAAACUUCAAUCUACAAUGCUCCCCAAUCAGUUGCGGUUGAUAUCUCAGUUGACCAGAUUCUGGAUUAUGGUGAUGCAGAAGCAUUGGUUGAUGUCUGCGUAAAGGCAGCAGAGGAAUUUGCAGAGACCACCCAGGAAGUCCCUCCACUGGAGAAAAGUCCCACGGCUGCAAAGCUAAUGAUUCCUUGUGCUUCUCUUGUCUUCAACAGUGCAAUAACAAGCUCUAUACCAUUGUCACCAUUGACAGCUCAAUUUUCUCAGCCAACUCGUUUCACACCAAGGAAAUCUUCAAGCAAGAAACAGACAACAAUUCCAAAGAUGACGCAAGUUUCAGAUAACAAUAAGGAGAACAUUGACAAUAACAGCGACAAGGAAGUGGAGCCUAGCCUGGCAAAGGUGAAGAAAAACAAGAACAUCAUUGAUGAGGAAACUAUGCAGAAAUUGGAGGAUAUGAGUCUAAGGACUCUAAAGAAGCUAACAAAGAAGUUUGACAAACUAAAGAUCGCUGACCAUAAGAAGAACAAAGAAGACAAGAAUGACAGUAAGUCAUUUGGGAAGACCAGACCGGCCUUGCAAAUACUGUCACAGAAUUGUAUACCUGCUGGGGAAGCAGAGGAGGAAAACUGAAACAAGUAUAGAAGAAAAGCAUGAGACACUACAUUGAUAAAAGGAUUCAAACCUCGGUUCGUUGCCUCCCUUGCUGGUUUUUUCUAGCCCAGCAACCAGAGAUUACUUUGAUGGCUAUGUUUGGAUUUUACAAUAAUGUUUUUUUCGGUCCAUUAUUUUGCUAAUAAUGAGUCUAAGAUGUGAGAUAGACCAAUUUUGCAUAUUAGUUGUGACAAAUGUUUUCAAUUAUCUUAAUCCCAAUUAUAUGUUUUGUUCAUA